GUCGCAAGCCUCGAGCAGCGCCAUGUCUGACGGGACCUUCCAGUGGGAGGCAGAGAAGAUCUGGGGUGGCAAGGGCGCAGGCAAGGCGGCGGCGGCGCAGGCGGCGCAGGCGGCGCAGCUGGCGACGGAGGCAGCGCAGGAGGCGCGGCAGAACCGCGAGGCCAGGAAGGCGGCGCCCAAAGUGGCGCCCAAGGCGGCGGAGCGGGGGGACUUCGCCGGGGAUCCGCAGGUGCUGGAGUUUGCGGCGCACUCCAGCUUCAUGCAGGGCCGAGAGGAAGCCCAUCUGGACCGGCACGUCAUCGUGAAGGACCUGCUGGCGGCGGGGAAGGCGCUGAAGAUGCCUCUGCAACUGGAGAAGCCCGUGGCGCUCUUCGCGGUCUACGGCGGCCACUUCGGGCCAAAGUGCUCGGAGUUCGCGGCGCAGAACUUCCACAAGAAGCUGCUGCCGCGGCUAGCGAAGCUGUCGGGCACGGCGCGCAGCCUGGCGGAGUCGCUCUGCGAGGCGCUCAGCGCGUCGGUGGAGGAUGUGGACGCGGAGUUCUUGCAGAAGUUCCGCACCGACCGGUCCGGGUGCUGCUGCUGCGUGGCGCUGCUGGUGGGCACAGGCCUCUUUGUGGCGCGCCUGGGGCUUCCGGCGCUGCUCUGCGGAGCUGGGUCGCUGGACUUCCUUGCGCCCGCGGACCUCGACGCGGAGGCCCCGCGCAUCGCGGCGGCCAAGGGCCAACUGCUGGAGGUGGCGCCCGGCGUACGCCACGUGGCCUCCGCAGACUUCGAGCAGCGCCUCAAGGAGUUCCGGGUGCAGCAAGCCUCGGGCCUCGGCUGCUCCGCCGCGGCGCCGUGCUCCUCGCCCUUCCCCCGGGCGCUCGGAGACCGGGACCUCAAGCCGGUGGUCUCCGCUUCAGCCCAGGUGGAGGUGAUGUGGCUGCAGAGCUCCCACUCGGCGCUGGCCCUCUACUGCGACGGAAUCGCGGAGGCGAUGAGCUGUGAGGAGGUCGCCGCGGCGCUGCGCGGAGCUUCCGGCGCGGAGAAGCGGGCGCCGGCACAGCUCACGCAAGAAGCUUACACUCGCGGCAGUGCGCAGAACCUCACGGCCAUUACCGUGUUCUUCCGCUGGCCGGCGCCAAAGACGCAACCAGCGCCGACGCCGCAGCCGCAGCCGCCGAAGCCGACGCCGCAGCCGCCGAAGCCGGCGCCGGCAGCGCCGAAGCCGGCGCCGCAGCCGGAGCGGAAGCGGCCCAUGUCUGCCGGCGAGCUGAGGGACCUGAAAGCGGCGCGCCGCGGCACGCGGCGAGAGGAAGAGUCGAGGACGGAUGAUGCGACUCUGUCCGAUCUCAUCACUCCCUCGUCUUCGUGUUUACAGGCGGACCCGCAACUGCUCCUGCUCUCCGCAGGCCCGCUGCUGGUGGAUGAAGACGGGGAUUUGGCCCACGCCUUCCUCACCGAAGACGUCUCCCGCGGCCUCGCGCCGGCGGAGGGCAAAGCUUCGGCCGUUUGCGACCGAAGCCCGAAGCGGGCCUUGAUCCGGCGAGAGCCCGGAGAUGGCCCGCUGCUGCUGCUGGAGGUUCCUUGCCCUGCCAGCUGAAGCCGACGCGGGAGCAGUGCGGAGAAAAAACAGGGAGGCGGGGAAGGGCCAGCUAAACUUCUAAGGGGAAGGGCUGGCCUUUUUUCCCUUUUUUUUCUCCCGUUUUUUUCUUUCUUCUAGGGGUUGACUCCCUUUUCCAUUCCUU